AUGAAGGCGAAUAUAUCAAUUUCUCCUGCCGCUUCGCUGGUCCAUGAAGAUGUGGAAAUUGUAGUGGAUGAUUUAGAGUACAGCACUAUUCAUAAACUGGAAUUGAGAUACCUUGGAGUUAGAUUUGGAGGAUAUUUCAAUUGCACACCGCCCGUGGACCUUGAAUACUACUUGAUGUAUGUGAAAGACAGUAUAAGUCAACUAGAAAUUACACAUUUUAGCGUAACGGACCCCAGAGAAAGAAAAGUAUGCGAGAAAAUGUUCCGAAGGAGAUUAAUGUAUCCAACGGUGCAAAGAAUUGAAGUCGAGGAAUCUUUUCCGCCAGACGCUGGAGCUAGACCUAAAGUAACGGGAACAAUAUUCAAACCACCUGGCACUGGACCUUUCCCAACCAUCAUCGACAUUUCUGGCACCGGUGGUGGACUCAAUGAGCAAAAAAGAGCAGCGUUGGAUAGUCGCGGAUUCGUGGUGCUGUGUUUGGCAUUUUUCAAGUACAAAAGUCUUCCGGAAGAUUUGUUAACAGUGGAAUUGCAGUAUUUUGAAGAUGCUAUCAACUACAUAACUUCUCUUCCAUACACUCGCGACCGAAUUGUAUUUCAAGGAGUGUCGUUUGGUGGCACUCUUGUUAUGUUUCUAACUACGAAAUUUCCGAAAAUAAAGGCAGUCUGUUCCAUUAACGGAAGUUUUGCAAUGGACCAGUUUGCACAUGUUCGAGUGAAUGGAAAGUGCCCGCCGAUAGGGAUAUUCAAGGCAGACGGAGCACAUGUAAAGUUCCUGAACGACUUGAUGGUUUACACAGACAUGUCCGCUCUAGACGAUCUGAGCACGCCUACAAUAUAUGCAAACAGUUAUCUUUCUGCUAGACUGCGUGACGCUGGAAGAAAGUUCGAGGUAAAUUUUGUGCCGGGAGGUCAUUUAUUGGAUCCUCCUUGUUUUCCACACCAUCCAAUGGUCUAUUCCAACAUUGCAGGGCUUUUCCAAACCUACGGCGGCGAUACAAGUCUUCAUGGAAGAAGCGAGUUCGAAGUUUGGGAGAGAACCGUCCGCUUCUUUUCGGAGCAUCUCGGAGCGCCGACCCCUCUGCCAGACUAUUUGAGACAUUCGGCAAAACUUUGA